UGUGUACGUGAUGAGGGACGACGGGUUUGAAACACACCUCUGGGGUGGGGGAUCUGCUGGUAGCCAGCACCAAUCUGAGAAGGGUAGAAGGAGGGGGCGGGAAGGUUAGUUUGAAGAGGGCAGGCUUUCCACGAUGACAGCGCUUUCCCUCUCAUCAUUUCCCCGUAACAAAAAAAAAACACUUCAAAAUCCAGUGGAAUAAGAAUUGCCGGAGAAAUCAGUUGGGCCAAAACAGCACCGAUUGACGGAAAAAAAAAAAAGUCGGGAGAAAAUAGGAGCAAGAAGAAACGUUGUUUUCUGGGUUUUGGGCCGUAGUUUGAGAUGGCUGCCACUCUCCGGAAACUUGCAGUAUUUGUGUCAGGCAUGUGGAUCUGCCUCCUGCUCCUCAACCCCUUUCCACAAACCGGGGCAGUGGUUGGGCACAGAGAGCCGUUGCCUGACGACAGUAGAGACAACAUCACCAUUUUCACCCGGAUCCUGGACAGACUGCUGGAUGGCUACGACAACCGCCUGCGCCCCGGGCUGGGAGCAGAGAGUGUGACGGAGGUGAGGACAAAUAUCUACGUGACCAGCUUUGGACCGGUGUCAGACACAGACAUGGAGUACACCAUCGAUGUGUUCUUCCGUCAAAGCUGGAGGGAUGAGAGGCUGAAGUUCGACGGGCCCAUGCAGGUCCUGCCUCUUAACAACCUCCUGGCCAGUAAGAUCUGGACUCCAGACACCUUCUUCCACAACGGGAAGAAAUCUGUGGCCCACAACAUGACCACGCCCAACAAACUGCUACGACUGGUGGACAACGGUACCCUGCUUUACACUAUGAGGCUGACCAUCCAUGCUGAGUGUCCCAUGCACUUGGAGGAUUUCCCCAUGGAUACACACGCCUGUCCUCUGAAGUUUGGAAGCUAUGCGUAUACCAACAACGAAGUUGUCUAUAUCUGGACCAAAGGAGAUGAAGAUUCUGUAGUCGUAGCGAAGGAUGGUUCAAGGCUAAACCAGUAUGAUCUACUAGGCCACGAUAUUGGGAAAGAAUCCAUGAGUUCCAGCACAGGAGAAUAUGUAGUGAUGACAACGUAUUUCCAUUUGAAAAGGAAAAUUGGCUAUUUUGUGAUUCAAACCUACCUCCCGUGCAUCAUGACUGUCAUCCUGUCUCAGGUCUCCUUCUGGCUAAACAGAGAGUCGGUUCCCGCCCGCACUGUAUUCGGGGUCACAACAGUUCUGACCAUGACAACCCUGAGUAUCAGUGCCAGGAACUCCCUGCCCAAGGUGGCCUAUGCUACAGCUAUGGACUGGUUCAUGGCAGUAUGCUAUGCCUUUGUUUUCUCCGCCCUGAUAGAGUUUGCCACAGUUAACUACUUCACCAAGCGCAGCUGGGCAUGGGACGGCAAGAAGGAGGCCCAGGAGAUGAGGAGAAGAGAAUCUGCCUCCCUUUCCAAAAAGGCCAAUAACACAUUCAACAUUGUCGGAACUACCUACACCAUCAACGUGGUAAAGGACCCAGGUUUAACCACCGUCUCAAGGAGUGCCACCAGAGCUACACACCACCACCACCACCACAGCCACAAGGUCCCUAAAAUGGACGACUCAUACGUUGAAGCCAUAAAGUCCUACAACCGCGUCAGCAGAGUGGACAAGAUCUCACGCAUCAUCUUCCCAGUGCUGUUCUUCAUCUUCAACCUGGUCUAUUGGGCCACGUACAUCAACAGCAAGCCGCGCGCCAUCCUCUCCCCCAGGUCCACCACCCACAAUUAAAGUCUCCCCGACAAACUAUUAGGCUGAGGUGGCAGGAGGCCAAGAGAUCCACGACAUGUUAUUGCAUCGUUGUUUUGGACUUCAUUUUGAUAUUUGCAAGUCUCAAUAGGUCAAAGACAAACAUUCUCUUAGAUUUGUAUGUACAUAGUCAAACUAUAAAUGCUCAUUUGUUGUUUCCUGAUUAUAUGCUUCUUUGAUAGAAUAGCCGGAUGGUGUUUUGGAUAUGUUUUCUCUUCAUUCUGACAUGAUGUGUUUGAAUCCUUCAUGUUAGCUCAUUACAGAGGAUCAGUUCCUGGUGCAUCACACACACACACACACACACACACACCAUUCACUCUGAAUUGUGUCAGAAUGCAGCAAGGAGAGCCAUUGGCUUAUUGUCGCUAUGGUGGGCUCUUAUAGCCAGGGGCAGCCUGUACAGUUCCAUUGGAACAUCAUUAAUAAUCCUCAGUGUCUGCCCUUCUGCUAGCGCUGAAUCUCAACAGACCCAACGCAAUAUCAUCUGGAAUUGCUUUUGUGUCCUAUGGGCCUGCCUGUGCAUUUUCCAGUCCAGUGACUUUUAUUGUUUUAACAGGCUGAGUAUGCUCAAAGAGAAAGAAGCCGUGUGCCUUUUUGAAUACCCACAUCUUUAAGAUAAAGCUUUUGGCACACGCAAACACACACACACACACACACACGUAUACACAAGCACACUGGUGUCCAUAUGGUUUGGGCCUGUGUGCGGAAGCUCCCCCUUCUCUCCCUCCUCGUACAGCCCAUGGUCACCGGUGGACAUGGUCAGCGAGGGUAAAAUCUCUAAAGCAUGGAUGAAACGUAAUCAUAAUAUGACUGAUGCAGCAUUAUAAAAUAUUCUCUAUGUACAUUGUCAUGUAUUGGCUUACAGUGGUCAGGCUCUGUCAUAGUAUUCGGACACCAUUACCUCAGACUGAAGUCUAAUAUAGAUAACAGUUCAUUUGUAUAGUAAGGCAUUCAUUGGUUAAUUUAUUCAACCAUGUUCUAUCUAUAGUAAAUAUUCUUGACUUUUCAGUUAAUAAUGGAUGUUUUCUGAUGAAAGCUUUGACCCUUGUGCCUGUUCGUGUUGUUUUUUUUCUCUCCAUGCGAUUAUGAUACAAGUUUGAGGCCCCAUUUAGAAAAAGACAACAUAUUUUUUAAGAUACCCGUUUCCAUGUUGUCAUUCCCAUUCUAUAUAUUUGGUUUUAUUUGUGUGUACAGGGAUGGGCAAAAAUAAAAUAAAAAUACAAUUGCAUAAUACAUUUUCAAAGUACCAUAAAGAUCAAUGUAUCAAAAUAAACUACAAAAUACUUAGAUUUUUUUAUGUAUUUAAUUAAAAUACAUGUAUUUUGUAUUUUAAAAUACAGAAAUAUAUUUGCAAGUAGCUGGCCCGAAGAGCAAUAACAUUCUCAGUAACGAUUACAAAAACAUUUUACUUGCUAUAACUGUGAUAUGUUGUUGUUUAUCUACCUUAGUUGAAUACACUGACUGUAAGUCACUCUGGAUAAGAGUGUCUGCUAAAUGACCAAAAUGUAAAUGUAUUUAUGAAAAUGAACAUGUCAAACGGAAAUGCAACUUGGUAUUAUUAUUAUCCUUGUGUCGGGCGGAGCUCAUUAUCAUUAAUACCCAGCAUGCUUUGCAAUUGUCCAUUUUCACAUGUACAAUUAUAUUUAGUUCAUUUAGCAGAUGCACUUAUCACACCAUAGUGCCAUCAGACUUCUGAUACUAAUUCAGGGGGAGAGGGGGCUACAACAUUGUGAACCGCUAUUAAAAAAGAAAUGGUAUAGAAAAGUAUUUUGUAUUUAGAAAAUACAUAUUACAGCUCUCAAAAGUAACUUCUUACAAAAUACAUUGUAGUAUAGCCCAGUGUAAUACAAAUGACAAAAUAUGUUGUGCUCAAAUCAUACAGUCUGUACAUGGCGAUGAUAAUAGCUGCUGUGAAAGCAAUGACGUUGCACAGGACUUUUCCCAUGGGUUUCCAGGGAGUUUCCAGGGAUAGAAUGGGAACUAUUUUAUUGUGACUACUCUGAAAGUGUGUUAAAAAAAACACAAACCAUGUACAAUGUAUCAAACAUAUGCAUGACAAUCUGUACAUGUGGAAGUCUGCAACCUCCAGUAAAUGCUGUUUGUCAUAUUGAA